AGAUAUACCUUUUACAACAUAAACAACUUUCUCUCUCUUUUCCUUUCUUUGUACCCUUUUUCUCUUUUCUUAGAUCUCUCUCUCUCUCUAUUCCUUUCUUCACUAUUCUCCCAAACUCUUUACACUUUCUUUCUUGUGUCCUGUGUUUUCUGAUUUUGUUAAUUUUAUAUAAACUCAUGAUUAUUUUAUUAUAGAAUUUUUUGAUUUGCAUGUUCUCUCCAUGCUUGUCUGAUCUGGAUUGGAUCACAAGGAUCCCUUUUUGUUUCCUACUUCUAACGUUAGUGGUGGGGUUUUAUUUCGAUUUCUCUUUAAUCAUUCCAACAAAGGAACAAGGGAUAGGGACCAUUCUGUUGUGUUGUGUUGUCCAAGGGUUUUCACUUUUCAGUGCUGAUUGGAUUGUUUGUGCAUGUUUGUGGUGCCCCAAUUGGGAAAAGUUUUGAUUUUUGAUGGUACUAGUGUGUAUUUGUGAUUGUGGUUGUUAGUGUGGGUUGGUGUUUUCUAUUCCAUUGCAUCCAUCUAUCCCUUGUGCUAUUGGGUUAUGGCAGGGAUUGAUGUUGCAAAGUUUGGUCAUAGUCCUGUUCAUAAGGCUGUAAUUUUGAAGGAUUAUGGUGAACUUAAGAGGAUACUUGGGGGUUUACCUAAGCUGUGUAAUGUGGCGGAGAUUCGUUCGGAGGCUGUUUCGAAUUUAGAGGAGGAGAAGGCGGAUGCGAUAUCGGCUGUGAUUGAUAGGCGUGAUGUGCCGAAUCGUGAUACCCCUCUUCACUUGGCUGUGAAAUUGGGAGAUGAAGUGGCGGCGGAAAUGCUUAUGGUUGUUGGUGCGGAUUGGAGUUUGCAGAAUGAACAAGGGUGGAGUGCUCUUCAAGAAGCUAUUUGCUGUCGGGAAGAGCGUAUUGCGAAGAUUAUAAUUAAGCAUUAUCAGCCUCUGGCUUGGGCGAAAUGGUGUAGGAGGUUGCCUCGUUUGGUAGCGACCAUGCGAAGGAUGAGAGACUUUUAUAUGGAGAUUACAUUCAAUUUCGAAAGUUCUGUGAUUCCUUUCAUUUCGAGGAUUGCACCUUCGGAUACUUACAAGAUUUGGAAAAGGGGUGCGAAUCUUAGGGCUGACAUGACUUUGGCUGGUUUUGACGGGUUUAGAAUUCAGAGAUCAGAUCAAAGUGUUCUUUUUCUUGGUGAUGGUUCGGAGGAUGGGAAAGUCCAGCCUGGAUCACUCUGCAUGAUCUCACACAAGGAAAAAGAGGUGCUGAAUGCUCUAGAUGAUGCGGCCUUUGCGGCAAACGACGAAGAGGUUCAGCAAGAAGUGGCUGCAAUGUCUAAAACAAAUAUAUUUAGGCCCGGGAUUGAUGUUACUCAGGCAGUUCUUUUGCCUCAGUUGACCUGGAGGCGGCAGGAGAAAACAGAAAUGGUAGGACCUUGGAAAGCUAAGGUGUAUGAUAUGCACAAUGUUGUUGUAAGUAUAAAAUCUAGAGGAGUUCCUGGAGCUAUGACAGACGACGAGUUAUUCUCGACUUGCAAUGGAAAUGAAACUGAGAGCGAAGAACUUAAUGAUAUUUUGACUGAAGACGAAAGAAGACAGUUGGAGGAUGCUCUUAAGUUGGAUUCAUCAGAACAGAACAAUGAUAGUGAUGAGGUGGUCAUUUCACAUCGGCAAAGCUUUAGGGAUAUUCCUAUUGAAGACGCGAGCGGUAGCACUAGUGGAGUAAAUAAGCAGGAAAAGAAAGGAUGGUUUGGUGGAUGGAGAAAAAAGGAUUCUAAACAUGAAAUAGCAUCGAAAAAGUUUGCACCACCAAGAAAUUCUCUUUGCGUAGAAGAAAAGGUUAGCGAUUUGUUGGGAGAUUCUCCUUCGACAAGUCAGAUUAAGCCAGGAAGACAUUCUGUUGAGGUAGUUUUGAGGGGUGAUGAGCAGCGGAGGAAAAAAGAGGCCAAAGCUUCUUCUGUUAAUUCUGAUAGCAGAAAUCGUCACAAGGAUGGAAGUCGUGAAAAUGAAUAUAAGAAAGGUUUGAGGCCUAUUCUUUGGCUUUCCCCAAACUUUCCAUUAAAAAUUGAAGAACUCUUGCCAUUGCUAGACAUUGUUGCAAACAAAGUUAAAGCCAUUCGGCGAUUAAGAGAACUCCUUACAACAAAACUUCCAAUGGGAACUUUUCCUGUUAAGGUUGCAAUUCCCGUGGUUCCCACCAUUAGAGUAUUAGUCACCUUUACAAAAUUUGAAGAACUACAGCCAUUAGAUGAGUUUGCAACGCCGCCGUCAAGUCCAUCUGUGUCCGGCGAAGAGAGCCCUACAGCAACAAAUUUGCCGGCAUCGUCUUGGUUUCAGUGGAUAAAGGCUCCAUACCGCCCUAGUUCAUCUGCGGCAGGUUCCAGCAGUAGUAGGAUAGAAAAUACUCCAGACCCAUUUGCAAUUCCUCCGGAUUAUACUUGGGUGACUGCUGAAGAAAAGAAGAAAAAGAUGCAAGAGAAGAACAAAUCAAAGAAAGGGAAAAGUCAUAAACAAUGAUAUUGUGCUGCAGCAUAUAUGCAAGGAAUGAAACAUUGCUGGAGUUUUCAAGUUUACACCAUGGAUUUGUUGACUGUGUUUCACUAUAUAUAUGUGCAAACCAAUAUAACUCAAGUAAUGUUGCAAUCACAUUGAGCAACUUUCAUCAUCAUGAUUAGAGUUUGAAUUCAUGUGCAUUUGAUUAUUACAAUAAUUAUAACGAUUCCCCUUGAUUUUAUUGAUGUUGUAAAUAUAUUCAAGAUACUGGUUUCUAGGUUUGGGAUUUAUCUUACUUUUUUUUUUACAAUAGAAUUUAUCAUAACUUGUUUUAUUAUUA